UCCCCGCCCCCCUCACGGCACUCCCCGCCCCGUCCUGCUCUCGCGAGAGCCGAGCGCUAUUUAAGCUCGGGGGCGGCCAUUGCGCGCCCUUUCCGGAGGUGAAGCGUGAGGGCAGAUUAAAACAUGAGUGAUACAGAUGAAUCCCACACCUCUUGUUCUGAUGAUCCUGAUGCUCAGAGUCUCGUAUCCACUCAGAGGCGAAAAAGAUCUAAAAUACCUGAGCGUGCAGUGAAUGCAAGGAAGAGACGUUUGUGCUCGAGGCAGAAGGACGCCACUCCUGAGGAGUCUUCAGAUGAGACUAGUAGUACAAAUACAUCUUCAUCUGAGGUGGAUAGCAGCGAUUCAGAAAUUGAUGUUUCAGCUGCUCGGGGCAGCAAACGCUCUAGGAAAUGCACUGCUCCCUCUGCGGAGCAAAAGAGGAGAUCGCAGCCUUCAAGGAAACAAGCAGGAGCUGAUGCACGAGUGUCUGAUGGUGAAAGUCCUGACUCUUUGCUCCCUGAGAGCCCGGUGAGGCCACCUGAACCCUCCCAAAGGAGGAAAUCCAAGCUCGAUUUGAAAGCCAUUUUUGCCUAUCACUUCAGAGGAAGGAAGUUUAAAACUGCUGCGCACCGAAGAUACAGGAGCGGUGUUUCACGGAAGACAAAGAGACGCUCGGAACCCCCAAAGAAGCGUGGUGGGAAUCGGCCCAUGACAGCCCCGCCUCAGGAGCGAAGGAGAAGGCUUCGGGAUCCAGGCUUUCAGUUCCCUUUUGUUGAAAAACAUUAUGGGAGGAAACAUAUUCCCGUAAAUAUGGUUCUUAGCUAUGAGCAAGCAGCUGCGAAGGGAUAUUUCCAGUAUGUUGAAAUGCUUAAAGCUGAAGAACACCUCAAAAAGGCUUUGAAAUCCCUUGAAGCAAAUGAAGACUUAGAAAGGGAAUGUCUGACAGCGCGGAAACAUAAAUAUUUAGAUGACAAAGGCCCCAUUUCUCCUAUCCAGGAGACAAACAAUGACGAUGAUAACUGCUUGGGCUCUGAUAAUCCAGAAGACUUUGAUGUCAGAGUAGUGGACAAAAGCUGUUUCAUUAUAAGCAGCAAAAUUCCCAACAAGAAGAAGAAAUCAAAGGCCAAAACAAAGCGAGCAAAGUCAGCUGGAGUGAUUGAAGAAGAAUGCUGCUGCUAAGUGAUCCUGCUGAAAUAGCACCUUCCGCAGCCUGGCUUGUGGAACCAGCAGGUCACAGAGCUACAGGACUAAGAGUUCCAGCUCUUGUAAUUAAGCAGUGUAGAAUAAACUAAUUCUCCUAAAUCCAAUAUCAUAAUCUCAAGCUGCUUUAAAACAACUAGCAGUGUGAUGAAAAGUUCUAUUCCCUUCUUCCCCUCCUCAGUCCAGAGUGGGGUCUUACGAAGGUGACUGAGCAGAGAUAGAAGCCCUUCAGCACAACAGGGACUAUCUGCUGAUCUUGUAGCAUGAAUGGGAACUUGUUGCGGUUGCUCAGACUAGAUGUAGGAGUGGGGUUCUGGCAGGGUAAUGCAGUGAGGUGGGUGUGGAGUCCUGCUCAUUCUGCAGUUCACGUGAUGAAUGUUUCUGUUCAACUGCUGAGUGACUCAGAAAUGAACUAAAUUUCAAUUCUGAUUAGAACUGGACCUACACAUCUGAACAGUGAGUGCACUGCAGCUGCCAAAUUGAUUGCUGAGAAGUAGCUUUUGCCUGUAGGAAUCUCAGCUUAUUUGACCAUGAUUGAUGAUGUUUAUUUCUUUUGGUUUUUUUCAGUCAGUUGCUUUUGGAUGAUGACUGUGGAUCAGCUGCUGUGUGAGGUAAGCUGGGAGUUGGUGUGCAGUUCUUUUCUCCCGGCAGCUCAUGGGCUUCACAACUUCUUCCAGUCCAGCCUGUGGCCUGUGCUAGAACAGAAACUAAACAUCACUUCUUUAACACCUGUAAAAGCAGUUUGUGUUAGCAGUGAUAUACAGCAAUACUUGUUUCAGCUGGUGUUGAAUGCUGCAGGGCAGAUGAACCAACUAAGGUUCAUGUUGGCUGCUCCUAGUGGAGAUGUCAGUACUGGUGUCUCGUGCAACUGCAGCAUCUGAUCAACUGUCCUGUAGUAAAACUGCAGGAGGAAGAUGCAUCAUGAAAAAUCAUCUUGGUCUUGGAUGUUACUGCUAAAGCUGGGACGUUUCUCACAAAGGGGUGUUAUCAGAUCUGUGCCUCUUCAGGAGGAUCCAGGAGACAGAACACAAGAAAAACCUGAGUUACUCUUUGACAUGGAGAGUCAAGAGGUACAGCUACACCAGCAAUGAAAAUGAGUGUGUUUCCUUGAGGGAGGAUCAAAGUGAGGCAUCUGCCUUCAGCUUUUGUUGUAGUAAAGGUACUAGAGUAGAUAAUGUCAACUUGACACAAUGUAAAUUGUUCUUACAACAGUAUCUGAUGGUAAUACUGAGCUUGUUGCGCCUGUUACCCUUGGCCCAAUCAUACCUGUCUCUUAAAAAAACAGGAGGCCCAGUAAUGGACAGUGACAGUUAAUGGAGUAAGUACAUUGUUGACUGAUAAAUACCUUUACUUCCAUGUGCUCUUCAAAUACUGUUUCAAAAGCAGCGAAUAAGAGGGAAGCAGAUUGAUUCCGUUCCAGCACAUGUUCAGUUUUUGUCUGGUGCUGUAGACAAAAACCUGGAACCUGGUGCUUAGAACAAGACCUUCUUUCGCAACCCACAGCCGAAGCAUGUGUUGGCUGUGUUACUUAUAUGAAGGGACAGUGUUUAGAUUUAUUCAAGCAGUAAUUAAUUCUAAGGGCUCGUUUUGUAUUGCAUGUGCAGAACUGGAGUCCAGUUGCAUUGUUUCCUUCCUAGAUGUUUUCCAGCCCUGCAGCAAUGAGCUAUCGUAACCAUUCUGAUCUGUUUGAAUUCUUACAGCUGGUGCACAGAUCUGUUACUCCCAUGCUCUCCUGUGGAACACGCUGGUUAAGGAGCAAGCCCACCUGCCACUGCAGAACAGAAGAAUUCCUUGGUGGCAGGUGAUAAGAAGACAUGAGAGAAGAAAUGCAGAAAGCCACUAAUUGACAGAGAUGGGAGCUCCUUCCAGGUUCUGGUUCAUGCAUUUGAUAUGAAUGGAAAAAAAAAAUUCAAAUGGAAAAGCUUGGUGCCUUGGGAUCGAGAACAGUCAAUUGGCUGUGUGAAAUGGAUUAGUUGGAAGAGGAAACUACCAGUUGGAUAGAGUCUGCUGCUGUCACUGAAUGUCAGGGGGUGAGAAGUUGUACCUGAGUGCUGCCACAGCAAGUCUGCAGGUCCCAGUGUGAUGUUGCUGCAAAUCUCUUGCAAGAAAGAAAAGGACAGUUCUUAAAUGCUCUUCUAUUUCUUCUAACAACUGAGAAUUAUAAGUAUUUUAAACUUCAUUGCCCUGUAAGUUGAAGUAAUGGAUCAAGGAGGGGUUGUAGUGGGGAAGGUUUAUCAACUGUGUUCAAACUGUUCAAGCAACUGUUUACUUCAUAUGGAAAGUAACAUUCAAAUAAAACUGAUGCCUGAAAGAA